AUGGAGCUUACACGGUUGCUAGGAUUUAGAGUUGGCGUCGGUUCGGCGCUGAAGCGGGUCGGGUUUUGGUCGAGAGAAUAUGGUGUGGCAUCAGCGAAAACGAGGUUACAGAGCCAUACGGAUGCGGCAGGGCGUGUCACUGUGAAGCCAGCAGACUCGAGAAAGACCUUUCUGAUCGAUUCUUAUAAGCAUUUGAUGGAAGCGAACCCGGUGGUGCUGUUUGUGCACUACAACAACCUGCUGAAAAAUGAGGACCAGCAUUACAGAUCGUUGGUGAAGCAGAACGGCGGAAAGCUGACGAUGCUGCGGAACGGGGUGUUUGGAGCGUACUUGAAGAACUCGCACGCGGCGGAUCCGUGCGGGCCGAUAAGCCGAAAGGAGCGGAACAGGAACCAUCCGCUGCUUCCUCUGUUCAAAGGCCCUACUGCAGCGAUUUCGUUCCCCGAGACGAGCCCCGCCAGCGUGGCCAAGAUCCUGAAGGUGUUGGAGAAGGCGCAGGACAAGCUGUUUGUCGUUGGAGCGAAAGUCGAGGCGGAAGUUUACGAUGUAGCCAGCUUGAACCAGUUCAAGACGCUGCCGGGCAAGACGGAGCUUCAGGCGCAGCUGGUGGGGCUUUUGAACGUCCUGGGAGGCGCAGGCCUGGUGAGAACGCUGGAGGCUGGAUCCCAAACGCUAUAUUUGACGCUGUCGUCGCAUCACGAGAGCCGGAGCUCCAAGACCGGGAAAGAGGAAUAA